UUCUCUCAUUCACUCACAAAAAAAACACACACACACACACUCACAAAACAGUAUUCUCACUGUUACCAUUCCUUCAACCAUGACACCUCCCUAUAAAUACAACACCAUACUCUUUACUCUCUUUAACAUGCCCUAUCUUCAAUUCCAAGUUUCCCUUUUAAAACUUUUUCACUCUCUUUAACACAUACAUAUGUUUCCAACUAACAACUCUUCCUCUUCACACCCCAUUUCUUCAAUACCUUCCUCUUCGUCACACAAAAUAUCUCUUCCCUAUUUAGAUGUCUCUCAUGGUAUGUCAACUUCCAACGAGGAGGUGCGGUUAGCUGCGAGUACCCCGAAGAAGCGUGCAGGGAGAAAGAAGUUCAAAGAGACUCGCCACCCGGUGUAUAGGGGUGUGAGGAGGAGGAACUUAGAUAAAUGGGUAUGUGAAAUGAGAGAGCCUAACAAAAAGACUAAGAUUUGGCUAGGGACUUUUCCAACAGCCGAAAUGGCAGCACGAGCCCAUGAUGUUGCCGCAUUGGCAUUGAGAGGUCGCAAUGCUUGUCUCAACUUUGCAGACUCAGCUUGGCGGCUUCGUAUGCCUACCACUACCAAGACAAAAGAUAUUCAAAAGGCGGCUUCAGAAGCUGCGGAGGCUUUCAGACCAAACAAGACUUUAAUGGUUAAUGACACUGACACAAUUGAAGUUGUCGCCGCUAUAGAGGAGCCGGAGCGGCUUAUUUUUAGUAUGGAAGAGGAAGAAGAGGGAGAGUUGAACAUUCCAGAGUCAUUGAAGAAUAUGGCACUAAUGUCCCCAACACAUAGCUUAGGGCAUGAGUAUGAACAUAUUGAUCAUGUAGACUUUCAAGAUGUUGAGGUGUCAUUAUGGAGUUUUUCAAUUUGA